GGCAGUUUGUGUUUCUAUCUUCACAAAAUUUUCAUCAUGCUAUGUGAUUGCUCUGAUCUCAAUGAUCGUAUGGCUGCGUGCGCAUCUGAUGCUCAUGUGCAGGUGGCCACUUUGUGACUGCUUGAUUGCAUUCUAUUCCCAUGGGUUUCCUUUGGAGAAGGCAGAACAGUAUGCAAAGCUCAGAAAGCCAUACCUUCUUAAUCAGUUGGAGAGUCAGCAUGUAUUGCAUGACCGGAGGAAGGUUUAUGCGAAGCUGGAGGAAUGUGGCAUUCCCACACCCCAAUACAUGGUGGUAAAUCGGGAUGAACAUGACAAAGAGAUCGGUGUAUUCAUUGAGGAUGAGGACUGGAUCGAGCUUAAUGGAAGACGGAUGAAUAAGCCAUUUGUUGAAAAACCUGUUGAUGGUGAUAAUCACAGUGUUAUGAUAUACUAUCCAAGCUCUGCUGGGAGUGGAAUGAAGGAGCUUUUCCGCAAGGUUGGAAACCGAGCAAGUAAGUUCCAUCCUCAUGCGCGCCGAGUUCGUAGAACAGGGUCAUAUAUCUACGAGGAGUUCAUGCCAACAGGAGGAACAGAUGUUAAGGUGUACACAGUAGGACCUGAUUACGCACAUGCAGAAGCCAGAAAAUCACCAGCUUUGGAUGGGGUGGUGCAGCGGAGCCCUGAUGGCAAGGAGAUACGCUACCCUGUUCUUUUGACACCGGCUGAAAAGGCAAUAGGAAGAGAAGUUUGUACAGCUUUUGGGCAAGCGGUCUGCGGAUUUGAUCUUCUGCGUUCAAAUGGACGUUCAUAUGUCUGCGACGUGAAUGGUUGGAGCUUUGUCAAGAACUCUUACAAGUACUAUGAUGAUGCUGCAUGUGUGCUGAGGAGUAUGCUGCUUGAGCAAUUAGCACCACAUCUAUAUGCAGGACCAUUGGAAACAUUACCUUGGAGCAAAGGUGAUAUGUCGCCAAAGAGGGCAAACAGUGCUCACGGUGGAACGUUCGGGAGUGUGGAGGAGCUACGGGCAGUUGUGGCUGUGAUUCGACAUGGUGACCGAACACCGAAGGAGAAGCUGAAGAUGCGUGUGACUCAGGACCGACUGCUCAGCUUAAUGCUCAAGUAUAAUGGAGGAAAGCCACGCACGGAGGCAAAACUCAAAAGCGCAGUUCAGCUUCAGGAUCUGCUUGACGCAACCAGGAUGCUUGUGCCACGUGUUCGGAAUGGGAAGGAGAGUGACAGUGAAGCAGAAGAUCUAGAACAUGCUGAGAAGCUUCGCCAUGUGAAGGCUGUUCUUGAAGAGGGGGGGCACUUCUCCGGAAUCUAUAGAAAAGUACAACUGAAGCCAAUCAGGUGGAAGAGUGAGGAGUCACAGGAUGGCGAAAGCUCAGAAACAGAAUCUGGUGAACCUGCAGAGGCAUUGCUUGUACUGAAGUACGGUGGUGUGCUGACUCACGCUGGACAUAAGCAGGCGGAGACUUUGGGACGGGACUUCAGGAAUAACAUGUACCCAGGGGAGGGUACAGGGCUCUUACGACUCCAUAGCACAUAUCGGCAUGACCUCAAGAUUUACAGCUCAGACGAAGGACGAGUGCAGAUGUCUGCAGCAGCUUUCACGAAAGGGCUUCUCGACUUGGAAGGAGAACUAACUCCUAUUCUGGUUAGCUUGGUGAGCAAAGAUUCUCCUAUGCUUGAUGGCCUGGAUACAGCCAGUGUGGAGAUGGAGGAAGCGAAGGCAAGGCUGAACGAGGUGAUGACACAAGAUGGUCCACCACCAGCAAAGCCACUGGAAGGGGAGGACAGACCAUGGAUGGUUGAAUGUGGGGGUAUUUCAGCAAACACCCUGUCGAAGCUGCGCCGAGUGGUGGUCCUCAUGAAGGACUUAACUUUUCAACUAAAGAAACUCUGCAAGGAUGAGGAGGAGAGGCAGAUAGCAACAGAGCAGCUGACCGAGGAGCAAUGGACUUCCCAUGAGGCUCAAGCUCUCGGAAAGAAGAACAUGGAAGUGGACAGAAUUGCUGCAGGUCUUCCAUGUGGGAGUGAAGGCUUCCUGUUGAUGCAUGCAAGGUGGAAGAAACUCGAGCGGGAUUUCUUCAACGAGCGGAAAGACCGUUUCAAUAUCAGCAAGGUGCCAGACAUCUACGACUCAGCAAAGUAUGAUGUUAUUCACAAUGAUCACCUAGAGCUGGAGGGACUCCAUGAGCUUUAUGUAAUCUCAAAGGAACUGGCAGAUGGUGUUGUGCCGAAUGAGUACGGACUGAACCCAAGGCAAAAGCUGAAGAUUGGAUCAAAGAUUGCCCGCCGGCUUCUCGGGAAGAUCCUUAUUGAUCUCAUGAACACCAAGGACGAGGCCAUCAACGUUGUACAGCUCAUGUCCAAUCUCAGCAGAGGCUUGUCGCCCAAUGGUAAGCACUCAGGUUCAAACUUGAGUCACGUGAAACAUGUCCAUACAAAUGGGGCCUCAGCUUCCCACGCCAAUGAGAAGAGUCGAUCACAAACAUCUGGCUCUUCAAGUCCUCAAGGGAAAUCUUCUCGUAGUCAAGCCAAUGGCGACGUGGACAUAAACCCUGCGAUUUUGAAUGUAAGGAACUCUGUGUUCGAGUACAUAAAUAGUCAUAACAAUGGGAAUUCGUCAAGCUCCACUUCAGACGGGAUGCCAGCAAUCUUGGGAACAAGCUCACGUCCUGAUGGUCCUCGACGGGACUCCAAGUCGAGUGAGAUAUCUAGAGGUAAUUGCUCAGAGGCAGAAGAAGACGAAUCCGACAAGGAGGCUCAGUAUCGGCUUGAUCCAAAGUAUGCUAAUGUUCGAACACCCGAGAGACAUGUCAGAACGCGGCUGUACUUCACCUCUGAGUCACAUAUGCAUGCUCUUAUCAAUGUGCUUCGGUACUGCCAGCUGGAUGAGUCACUUGCUGGGGAGCAUGCUCUUGUCUCGGAUGACGCACUGUUAAGACUUCAUCAAACAACUGAGCUUGACUACCUCACUCACAUUGUCGUGAGGAUGUAUGAGAAUAUUGAGGUCCCCAUAUCCGAUUCUAGGCGUUUCCGAGUGGAGCUAUUAUACAGCACUGGAGCAUCUUUUAAUCCAUUGGAGGUGUCACCCCGAGGGAGAGAUCAUACCUUGCCGGUCCAGCCGACUAUGCUGUUGCAGAAAGAGGGGUCAGAGCUGUCACUGGAGACUCUGGAGAAAAUGCUGAAGCCAUUUGCAAUGCCUGCAGAAGAUUUCCCGCCUGCAAGCACGCCGAUGUCCUAUGCCUCCCUUUUCUCAAAAGUGAGAGAGUGCAUGCUCGUGGAAUAUCCAGGGAGAUCGCCUGUGAGUGAUACGAGUACCACCCCAUAUACGAAAGAGCAGGAAGAGAGUGUCGCCGCCAUAUUGAAAGAAAGAAAGGAGAAGGAGGCCAAGAAACAGACCCUGUUGGAAGCGCAGGCGGCGAAGAAGAAGAAGCUUGAAGAGGAGAUGGAAAAGUUGAAGAAAGAAGAGGAGGAGAAACUCAAAGAAGUAGAAGAAGAAGAGGAAGAAGAGGAGAUACCCCUGGUGAGGACUGUGAGGAGAAAGGAAAGAGGGGAAUCAAGUGGCGUCAGUGAAGAUGAGAGGAAACUAGAGAAGAUGGUGUCGGAGUGGGUGGCUAACUUAUCCCUGGGGGAAGAUGAAGAAGCGUUGAUGUACAUUCCCCAGGCCGAGAGGGAUGUUGGUGUGGCAGAGAUAAAGGCCCUGACUGGCCCGCUAGAGCAGCAAACCAGAAGGAGGCGCAUAGCGGCGGCCACCGAGUUAGAGAAGGAAUUGGCUGCCGCAGCAGAACAACAUACUAAUGCGCUGACACAAGGGGGCUUGCAGAGCAAGGUGGAUGCGAUCGCAAAAGGCAUAGAUGUAUUGAUUCGCGUCCAACAGGAGCAGAUGCAUACUUCAAAGGGCCAUGACAUAGCCCUACAGUCCAUCCGAGUAGGGUUUAGAGACUUUGCCCAUGAUAUGAUGAUGCGGAUGGGCUCUGAGAUGCAGGCCCGUGUGAAGAACACAGAACAGUUCUGUGUUGGCACUAUAGAGGGCACAAAGAUUGCAGUCCCAAAGGAGGAGGAGGCACGCCCGCGUAGGGAACGAGGUAAAGUAAAGUUUCUUGACGCCUACAACAGGAGACAGGGGGAAGACUUUGACAAUUGGGAGGCUAACAUCAAUUCCUACAUGCACCUCCAGGAUAUUAUCCCUGAGGAGCAGGUCCUCGUCGCGUUCCAUGCCCUUAGAGACGAAGCGUCUAGCUUCGCUAGGUCGUUAGCCCGCACCACCAAAUGUGACAAUGAUAUGGUGGCAUAUUCCACCAUCACUCCCCUCAAUGAAUUCCUAAAGUUCCUUCACGAACGUUUCGCGGAUGUAACUAAGGGAAUCAAGGCCUCAGAUAAGUUCCAGACAAUCCACACACGUCAGUGGAAGAGCGCAAGGACACUUAAGGGAGCCAUGGAUGAGCUUGUCGCGGUCCCAAACCAUGGGCUUACUGAGCCACAGUUGGUUCAGUUAUUCUAUUGUGCGAUGCCCGAAAGUUUGCACAAGCACUUCUACGACAAGUCGCGAGAACAAGGGAUGACGUAUGAUAAGUUGAGUCGUGAUGUCGUAGCCUACGAGGCCCAAAUCCACGACGGUCACUGCCUUUUGGCACAAAGAUUUUGACAAGGGUAAAAAGUGGAAGGGCUGGACCAUUUCAGGGCAUGUUAAGGGGAAGGAUAGCCUGAUCCUGACAUUGGAUGAAGGAGGAAUGCAAAAUGUUCCGUAUAGCGAGAUAGA